AUGGGUGUGUGGGUGUGUCCAAGCAGCGUGCAUAUGCACCAGCCAAUCAAAACGCACUCAAGUGUAAGAUCCGGGGAAGUGCGACUUGGAUUCAUUUUCAUAUCUACCAUGUUGACCAGAAUUGGAUUAGCUAGCGUGAGAUCGCCCGUGACCUCGUCAUUGAUCAAGCCUGCCUUGGUACGUGGCUUGAAGACCAUUCCUCAACCUCCCGGUUUCGUCGUUGGAACUGUCAAUGAAGCAUAUGUUCAUCCCAAACCAAACAAAAUGCAUGGUUCUUUGCAUUGGACCCUUGAGCGUGGUGUUGCCCUUGGUUUAGUUCCAUUGGCUGCUGCUCCUUUAUUUACUGGUGUUUCCACCGUCGUAGACUCGACCCUUUCAGCCUUUUUGUUGUACCACUGUUACGUUGGAUUCCAAUCAUGUAUCAUUGAUUAUAUCCCAUCACGUGUGUAUGGAUCUUACCAUAACUAUGCCAUGUACUUGUUGACUUUUGGCACCGGAGUUGCUGGUUACGGAAUCUACCAGCUCGAGCAGAAGGAAGGAGGAGUCACCACCCUCGUUUCCAAGAUUUGGCAUGCAUAA